GGUGUGUUUAACCUGUGGCCAGGGAUGCAGUCGCGCUUGUCAUCAUCAAAAUGUAUGGGAUGCGAACUACGACCUAGAACGAGAAUAAAUUACCAUUAAGUGAAUGCUGUGAUAACGACACCAGCAGUUUUCUGUCACAGGUAUAAAGGCACUCUCGUUGACGCACUAAAUAUACGGCUACCGAAGUCCCAAAUCUCCGAGAAGAUUUGUCUCUCACGCAGUCUAUGGUGAGGUGAGUGGAUACCUUGUUUUGACAACUUCCAUCCAAAGGUUUAGGAGAAUAAGAAGAACCAACCUAUGAUAAGGUGAUGGGGAGGCUGAAACACAUUGAUGCAUUUAUGCAGGCACUGUAUUGCUGUCGUAUUUACUGUUUUACGCACAAAGACCAUUGGGAGUUUUGCAAUAUUACGGACGUAUUUUCAGUGGAAUAGCCAGCUCAUGUAGCCCGAAUAGUGAAUUUUAUUGGAAGUCAUGCUACUCCAGCAUUACUGUGGUUUCUUGGACAAUAGAACGUAUUUACACAUUACCCGGGAAAAAGUGAAUUCUCAAUUAUAACAGAGAAAUUAAACUCCGACCAGAUCCAGUGAAUAACUCAAUAUCAGAAAUCUCUGUUCGCCCAUAUUUUCUCCUGCAUUAGUGCUUGUGAAACAAAGCAAAUCCAAAGAUACCCUUUCAGAUCAGUGACGAACCACAUCAAAAGGAUACAGUAUGUCCAGAACGCUGAAAAAGAAGAAACAUUGGUCCAGCAAGGUGCAGGAGUGUGCUGUGUCAUGGGGAAGCCUCGGAGAAUUCGGCAAUGUGGUGGAGGUGCUGGGGGGUGCUGAACACGGAGAGUUCCCUUACCUGGGCCAGAUGAAGUUGGAUGUGAUGUUGUGCCACGUCGGUACAAUGCCCUAUUUCGGUGACGUUUUGUUGGAGAUCAACGGAACACCCGUCAGUGGACUUACAAACCGCGACACGCAUGCUGUCAUUCGCCACUUUCGGGAGCCCAUUCGUUUGAAGACCGUCAAACCAGGGAAGGUUUUGAACACAGACCUGCGCCACUACCUAAGCCUGCAGUUCCAGAAGGGCUCGUUGGAUCACAAGCUGCAGCAGGUCAUCCGAGAUAACCUCUACCUGCGCACCAUCCCCUGCACCACACGGCUGCCCAGAGAAAGGGAGGUACCGGGUGUGGACUACAACUUCAUCAGCGUGGGAGACUUCCGUAUCCUGGAGGGGAGUGGCCUUCUUCUGGAGUGUGGAACCUACGAUGGUAACUACUAUGGGACCCCAAAGCCCCCAGCGGAGCCCACCCUGGUACAGCCUGACCUGGUGGAUCAGGUGCUGUUUGAUGAGGACUAUGACAACGAGGUCCAGCGAAAACGCACCACGUCAGUCAGCAAGAUGGACAGGAAGGACAGCGUGGUCCCUGAGGAAGAAGACGAUGACGAGAGGCCACCUCUGGCCAACGGCCUCCCAGAGCACAAAGAAGGGGCAUCGUGGAGGAAGGCGGUGCCCAGCUACACCCAGUCCAGCAGUGCCAUGGACUUCCGUAUGUGGAGCUCUCUGCCCGGCGAUGACAGCCUGGAACCCCUGCCUCUCAACUGGGAGAUGGCCUACACUGAGACGGGCAUGGUCUACUUCAUAGAUCACAACAGCAAAACCACCACCUGGCUGGACCCCCGCCUGGCCAAGAAGGCCAAGCCCCCAGAGAAGUGUGAGGAUGGAGAGCUCCCGUAUGGCUGGGAGGAGAUAGAGGACCCACAGUAUGGAACAUAUUAUGUAGAUCACAUCAACCAGAGAACCCAGUUUGAGAACCCAGUCCUGGAGGCUAAAAGGAAGCUGAGCCAGGAGACUACUGUCUCUAUCCAGCAGGGGGCACCACCACCUCCAGGUGAGGGGGGUGCGUCAGGCUUCACCCCAGACCCGUCCCAGCUGCAGGGGGAGAUGUUCCACACUGCUCUGAGGAAAAGCUCCCAGGGCUUUGGCUUUACCAUCAUAGGAGGCGACCGCCAUGACGAGUUCCUGCAGGUGAAGAACGUCCUCAGCGACAGCCCUGCUGCCCAUGACAACAAGAUUUCCUCCGGCGAUGUGAUCGUGGAGAUCAACGGGAAAUGUGUGCUGGGGAAGACCCACCCUGAGGUGGUGCAGAUGUUCCAGUCCAUCCCAGUAAGUCAGUAUGUUGAUAUGGUGCUGUGCCGCGGCUACCCGCUGCCCCCAGACGUGGCUGAGGACACCGAGAACCCCCCUCCCCCACCUCCUCCGUCCCUGCAGGGGGGCGAGGUGGUGACUGCCGUGCCCCUCAUCAAUGGCCAGCCCCUGCUGGUGAAGGGCGACGUGCUGCACGGCUCCUCCCAGGAGCUCCACUAUGUCACCACCGACGCCAGCGGACGGCCCAUGGUGGCCGCGCUGCCCAACGGGAGGCUCUCUGAGCAGGGGGGAACAGGCCUGCUGCAGCCCGAGCUGGUGAGCGUGCCCCUGGUGAAGGGCCCGGGAGGGUUUGGCUUUGCCAUCGCAGACUGUCCCCUUGGCCAGAAGGUGAAGAUGAUCCUAGACGCCCAGUGGUGCCGCGGUCUGCUUAAAGGGGACGUGAUCAAGGAGAUCAACCGUCAGAAUGUUCAGACUCUGAGCCACGCCCAGGUGGUGGACAUCCUCAAAGACCUACAGGUGGGGAGCGAGGUCAAUGUGCUGGUGCUCAGAGGAGGUCAGACAUCUCCUGUGAAGAGCCUGAAACCUAGGCAGGAAAUUACAUCUAGCACAGAGACUCUGGACUGUGUCACAGACUCUGCCCCCCAGGCCCUCCCUUUCCACUCCAACACUUCAACCCUGCACAACAACUCCCCCAAACGAGACGCCACAGAGAUGUACCUCAAGUCCAAGGCCCUGCUGGAGAGCAAGCAGCCUCACACCAAAGACCUGGAUGUGUUCAUCAAGAGGGACCAGGAGACUGGCUUUGGCUUCCGUGUUCUGGGAGGAGAAGGUCCAGAGCAGCCAGUGAGUACCGAAGUGUAUAUUGGUGCCAUCGUGCACCUUGGUGCAGCUGAGAAGGAUGGACGCCUGAGGGCUGGUGAUGAGCUCAUAGGCAUCGAUGGAAUCAUGGUCAAGGGCCGUUCCCACAAGCAGGUUCUGGACCUGAUGACUAACGCUGCCCGCAAUGGUCAGGUCAUGCUGACCGUGCGUCGGAAAGUCAUCUACAGAGAUAUGACUGAGGAGGAGGCAGGGCUCCACAUGGCUCCAGUGUUGGUGAACGGCUCCCCCAGACUCCCUCGUAUCCAGAUGCCCAGUGUGCUGGACCACGAGUCCUUCGACAUCACCCUCCACCGCAAGGACAGCGAGGGCUUCGGCUUCGUCAUCCUCACCUCCAAGAGCAAGCCCCCGCUAGGGGUGAUCCCUCAUAAGAUCGGACGCAUCAUCGAAGGCAGCCCCACUGACCGCUGUGGCCUGUUGAAUAUAGGCGACCGCAUCUCAGCGGUCAACGGGCGGUCCAUCGUGGGGCUGUCUCACAAUGACAUCGUUCAGCUCAUCAAGGAUGCUGGCAAUGCUGUCACCCUUACUGUGGUUCCCGAGGACGAAUACAAGGGCCCUCCCUCUGGUGCCAGCUCAGCCAAGCAGAGCCCCGCCCCUCAUCACAGAGCUAUGGGUCAGAGGUCAGCUAUGCAUGACGAGCGUUAUAACCUAGAUCUGGAGGAGGAGAAGAGGGAGGGAGUCACCUGGGCCGACUACAAAACUCUGCCUCUGAGCGAACAGGGAACAAUGUGUGUUACAGGCCCCAGACAGGGCUAUAUCACGGUGGAGCUGGACCGGGGGUCCCGGGGUUUUGGCUUCAGUCUGAGGGGAGGGACAGAGUACAACAUGGGCCUGUACAUCCUGAGACUGGCUGAGGAGGGGCCUGCCCUGCUGGACAGCAGGAUCCAUGUGGGGGAUCAGGUAGUGGAGAUCAAUGGAGAACCGACCCAGGGGAUCACCCAUACCCGCGCCAUUGAGCUGAUCCAGGCUGGAGGCAGCAAAGUGCUGCUCCUGUUAAGGCCAGGGCAGGGUCUGGUACAAGACAACAGUAAAUUGGAUCCAACUGUCACUUCAUCCACAAGCUUUCCUAGAGAGGCGCUUGUCUCAGAGACAUCCCCUCUCGCUUCUCCAUUCUCCACCUGCACCUUCACCUCAGGUUCCUCCUCUUUCACCAGUGAGACCCCUGACUGGAACUCCCUGUCCCACCGAACGCUCCACCCCCAGUGCAGCAGGGGCACUGGCACAGUGGAGUGGAAUGGAGAGUGGGCAGACAGGCAGGCUGACAGGCUCUCUCCCAUCACCCCUGAGCAGAUCAACCUCUAUAAGGUCAAACCAGGUCAUACCAGGUCUAAAGACUCCAAGGAGCCCAGCAGCCCAAAGAAAACAGGUGAAACAUUCCCUAAAGCCAAAGAGCACUCACAGAGUCCCAAAAAGUCUGAAAGGAAGGGACAGGCAGCAGAGCCAAGCAAAAACAGGAAGUCCCACUGCCAGAAAGGAAGUUGGUCACCCAGCCCCAAGAAGUCUUCUCGAAAAAGAAAGGAAGCCUCGAGCCAGCUGCAGGUACAGCAGAGCACAUCAAAGGAGCUUUCCAGCAAGGAGCCCUUUGAUGAAAACAAAAACAGCAAAAGGGGAGAUUCAAAGGGCAGGAAAAGCACACAGGAGAGAGAAGGGAUAACGGGAAAGACCAAGGCUGCCCAUGGCCAGGUCAGUAUUGAAAAGAAAGUGGGGACAGAGGCAGGACAUCACAUGCCAACCCCUAUGGAGACAGGGGCAUGGAGAGAUAUUCUAAAAGUUACUCUAGAGAAGAGUAAACCUCAAGAUGGAGAAAAGGAAAAACGCAAAGAGCAGACAAGCAAAAAAUACAUAGGGGCUUCCUUAAAAGAGGGAAAGACUAGAAAAUAUUAUGAGGCCUCUACAACAGAGGAAAAUAGUAUAAAAGACACAGGCCUCUCCAAAUGCCAUUCAGCAGGAUACUCUGAACCAAAAGGGUCAGAUUAGCCCGGGCCCCUGGAAAGUCCCCAGCUCAGCCAGAAUCCUCUCCCAGGCUGUGGUGCUGCGUAAUCCCCCUUACUGAUACAGUAUGGACAACACUGUGUGGACACAUAAUACACAGACUUGAGCUGUACCACAACAUGCUGUAUAUUGUUGGUCUGUUUCUUUCUCCAACGAGAGGGAUGGACGAGGAAUGGCAGGCAACCUUAUCGGCCAUGUGUCAUGUCCAUCUGUGUCCGUGAAGAGGACUCUCUUCCUGCCUCGUGUGCUGCUUCAGACAUCUCUGAUCUGGGCCAUACGCAUGUUUGGAAUGUUUAGGGCCUAUUCUUGUGCAAUGAAAACUAACCAUACUUCACCCAUUAUAAUGCAAUUAUUAUCCCAUAUGCGACCAAGCAGAAAGGUCUUUAACACACACAAAGUUAAGCUGUCAGUAAAGGUUUUAUUUUCAUGUUGGGUAUCUACAGCAAGCACCUUGGGAUUGGCCUUUUCACAUGGCACUCUUUUCCCAAGGGAUUUGCUCAACUGCAUGCAGUCCAUGCGUUUAUUUUAUUGCACGCCUUUACCACUCCACUGAGUAUGAUCCUUUCACCUGAUGUGAAAAUACUGAUGCCGAAGUUCUGACCUUAUAACCAUGUAGAGAUUUCAGACUUUAUUCAGAAAGCAUUAGCUUUACGAAGGAUUCUAGACUGUUCUAAGACAAUAGAUAUGAUUCGUGAAUACAAAAUAUAUCAUUACAAAAGACCAGAAACUUGUGGUUUGAGAUAUUGUUUACCAUGUGUAUGAUAACCUAUGUGUAAUUUAUUGAAAUUAUAGAUUAAUAUAGAUAUACAGUACCAGUCAAAAGUUUGGACACACUUACUCAUUCAAGGGUAUUUCUCUAUUUUUGCUAUUUUAUACAUUGUAGAAUAAUAGUUAAGAUAUCAAAACUAUGAAAUAACACAUAUGGAAUCAUGUAGUAACCAAAAAAGUGUUAAUUGAAAAUAUAUUUUAUAUUUGAGAUUCUUCAAAGUAGCCACCCUUUGCCUUGAUAACAGCUUUGCACACUCUUGACAUUCUCUCAACCAGCUUCAUGAGGUAGUCACCUGGAAUGCAUUUCAAUUAACAGGUGUGCCUUAAAAAAAUAUAAUUUGUGGAAUUUCUUUCUUUCUUAAUGCGUUUGAGCCUAUCAGUUUUGUUGUGACACGGUAGGGGUAGUAUACAGAAGAUAGCACUAUUUGGGAAAAGACCUAGUCUAUAUUAUGGCAAGAACAGCUCAAAUAAGCAAAGAGAAACGACAGUCCAUCAUUGCUUGAAGACAUGAAGAUCAGUCAAUCUGGAACAUUUCAAGAACUUUGAAAGUUUCUUAAAGUGCAGUCACAAAAAUCAUUAAGUGCUAUGAUGAAACUGGCUCUCGUGAGGACAGCCACAGGAAAGCAAGACCCAGAGUUACCUCUGCUGCAGAGGAUAAGUUCAUUGGAGUUGACUGCACCUCAGAUUGCAGCCCAAAUAAAUGCUUCACAGAGUUCAAGUAACAGACACAUCUCAACAUCAGCUGUUCAGAGGAGACUGCGUGAAUCAGGCCUUCAUGGUUGAAUUUCUGAAAAGAAACCACUACUAAAGGACACCAAUAAGAAGAAAAGACUUGCUUGGGCAAAGAAACACAAGUAAUGGACAUUAGACCGGUGGAAAUCUUUAUUUUGGUCUGAUGAGUCCAAAUUAGAGAUUUUUGGUUCCAACCACGUGUCUUUGUGAGACGCAGAGUAGUUGAACAGAUGAUCUGCGCAUGUGUGGUUCCCACCAUGAAGCAUGGAGGAGGAGGAGGUGUGAUGGUGUGGGGGUGCUUUGCUGGUGACACUGUCUGUGAAUGAUUUAGAAUUCAAGGUACACUUAACCAGCACGGCUAUGACAGCAUUCUGAAGCAAUGCACCAUCCCAUCUGGUAUGCACUUAGUGGGACUAUGAUUUGUUUUUCAAGAGAACAAUGACCAAACACACCUCCGGCCUGUGUAAGGGCUAUUUGACCAAGAAGGAGAGUGAUGGAGUGCUGCAUCAGAUGACCUGGCCUCCACAAUCACCUGACCUCAACCCAAUUGAGAUGGUUUGGGAUGAUUUGGACCGCAGAGUGAAGGAAAAGCAACCAACUAUUGCUCAGAAGAUGUUGGAACUCCUUCAAGACUGUUGGAAAAGCAUUCCAGGUGAAGCUGGUUGAGAGAAUGCAAAGAGUGUGCAAAGCUGUCAU